AUGAUGAUUUUUCGAAGGGAGGAGCUUUACUUACUUAUAAACAACAACUAUGCAAUCAUCUUGGUUGCACUGUUUUUGGGCUUUCUUACGCCUUUCCUUAUCAAGAAACUGACUAAAUCAUCAGAUGCCAUCCCCGGAUGGCUCGGUUUUCCUCUCAUUGGUGAAACAUUCUCACUUCUUUCGGCUGCAAAUAGUUACAAAGGUUGCUAUGAUUUCGUUCGUUGUCGGAGAUUACGGUAUGGAAAAUGGUUCAAGACAAGAUUGUUUGGCAAAAUUCAUGUUUUUGUCCCAAGUGUUGUGGGUGCGAAAACGAUUUUCUCGAAUGAAUUUCGGUUAUUCGACAAAUGUUUGGUGAAAUCAAUGGCGGAUGCUGUUGGGAAGAAAAGCUUGCUUUGUGUACCAGUCGAGAGCCAUAAACGAAUCAGACGCCUUCUUUCGGGUCCUUUCUCUACGGAUUCUUUGUCCAAAUUCGUUCACAAAUUUGAUAAGUUGGUCUCAGAAAGAUUCAAGAAGUUGGCUGAAAAUGGUAAAAGUUUUGUGGUUCUUGAUUUCACCAUGAAGAUACAAUUCGAUGCAAUGUGUGAUAUGUUGAUGAGCAUCACGGAUGAAUCUUUGCUGAACGAAAUAGAAAAAGACUGCACAGCUGUUUCCGAUUCGAUGCUUUCGUUUCCGGCCAUGAUUCCUGGCUCUAGAUACUACAAAGGAAUCAAGGCACGUGAAAGACUCAUGAGCUUCUUCGAAAAAACAGUUGCUAGUAGACGGAAUAGCAACGAGGCUCAUGAAGAUUUCUUGCAGUCGAUGUUAGAAAGAGAUUCAUUUCCAGCCGACGAGAAGCUUGAUGAUUCGGAGAUCAUGGAUAACAUAUUAACAUUGAUAUUAGGUGGGCAGAGUACCACCGCAGCUGCAAUGAUGUGGAGUGUUAAGUUCUUAGAUGAUAAUAAACAUGCCCAAAACAUGCUAAGAGAAGAACAGUUAUCGAUACUUGAAAAUAAACCAGAAGAGGCUUUUCUUUGUCUCGAGGAUCUCAACAAGAUGUCUUAUGGCUCAAAAGUUGUCAAAGAGACAUUAAGAAUGUCAAAUGUGUUGCUAUGGUUCCCUCGUGUUGUUCUUGCCGACUGCAAGAUUCAGGAGUUUGAGAUCAAGAAAGGAUGGCAUGUUAAUAUUGAUGCUACUCAUAUACACUAUGAUCCAGAAUUGUAUAAAGAUCCUUUGCACUUCAAUCCAUCAAGAUUUGAUGAAAUACAGAAGCCAUACAGUUACAUACCGUUUGGAUCAGGGCCUAGGGUAUGCUUGGGGAUCAAUAUGGCAAAGCUAACCAUGUUGGUGUUUUUGCACAGGCUAACUAGUGGAUACAAUUGGACAGUCGACGACCAAGAUCUUAGCCUAGAAAAGAAAUCUCCCUUUCCUAGAUUGAAGAGUGGAGUUCCGAUUACAUUAACGUCUUUAAAAGAUGAGAUUUGA